AUGCCCAGCCAGGCUCUUUAUUUUUUUUAAUUUAUUUUUUCUUUCAAUACCCAACUCAAGCUUUGGGAACAUUCUUUGAAAAUGGCGACUGUGAUGUCAACAAGAAUAAGCUGCGUGUUUCCUGAUGGCUUUUUGUAUAUGCUGACAUAUUGUCUGUGAUGGCAUCCGAGGCAGAGAAGACCCAGGCUUUACUCCAGUCUUGUAGCGCUCAGUCUCUUCUGUCCAGCCUUGGUCUGGGGUUAUUCUGCAUUGUGGCUGACAGACUUCUGCAGUUUUCCAUAAUUCAGCAAAAUAACUGGCUUCGCGCCCUCUCCGAUAACGCAGUGCAUGGUGUGAUUGGCAUGUGGUCCUGGGCGAUAGUCAUUGGAGUAAAGAAGAAGACGGACUUGAGAGAAAUCUUUUUAGCUGGAUUUUUAGCCUCUGUUAUUGACCUAGACCACUUUGUUCUAGCUAGGUCCCUGUCUUUAAAGGCUGCUCUGACUCUUCCGCGAAGACCCUUCCUUCACUGUUCCACUGUGAUCCCUGCUGUGGUUCUGGCCCUCAAGUGUACUAUGCACCUCUUCAAGCUCAAGGACUCGUGGUGCUUCCUCCCCUGGAUGGUCUUUAUAUCCUGGACCUCACACCACAUCCGAGAUGGCAUCCGUCACGGCUUGUGGAUCUGCCCAUUUGGAAAAACCUCCCCCCUGCCCUUCUGGCUUUAUGUAGUAAGCACGUCCUCUUUACCUCACAUCUGUUCAUUGGUCAUGUAUGUAACAGGGACCAGACAGGUGAUGUCUUCAAAACACGGAAUUCACAUUGAUGUCUGAAGUAACCACGGGCAGCCUCAGAGAAGCAAGUGGUUCGGACAGAUAAUUAAGGGCAGCAACACUGAAGUGAAUUCUAGAGGACAUAUUAGGUACUUAUAUUAUUACAAUUCCUGAAUCCUUUUGCUCAGGAGGCAUGUACCAGUUUUUAAAAAUGAUGUAUUUGUUGUAAUUCUGUUUUUCUCUGUGUAACACUCAAGUGAGUAUUAGAGUUCCAUUCAUCCUGUGAUUUAUUUUCAUUGUUUCUUCUGCAUGUCUGGCUUUACUAAUAGCUCAAUUAGAUUAACGUCCAAUUAAGUUUUCUGGAAGCAUAAUUUUAAGGUUGUCCAUUUCCUGAUAAAAACAGUUCAAAUGUUACGGCGACUGAUUUGUGGAAAGUUAGAUUAUGUUUGGACCCUUAUUUUCCCGAGGUACUGAAACAGUGAGUGGCCACAGUAAAUGAGACCGUGAGUGAGAUGUGCGGUGAGCGCUAGCGCUUCCUCUGUCAUCUGCGUGCAUCUGGCACAAGUGGAAUUUGCCAGGUGCUUCAGUGAGUUGUGGUUACCGGCAGAAUCCGCUCCAGUGCACUUGUGAGAAAUUAUGUUAAUAUUCAUAAAAGGCAGCAGCUGACAUCAGAUGUAGACUUGUUUCAGGAAUCACGUUAGGGAAUUGUUGCAAUAUGUUGGCUGUGGAAACAUCCUCCUGAAGUAUUACUGUUUCAGUAUCUUUGCCCCAAAAUAUCAUGUUUUAGGGCUUUAACUGUUUUGAAAAACAUAAUUAAAUUUAACAAAAUAUUUGUUAAAAAUUAAUGUGAACAAAAGUAUUGAUACUUGGCUCAUAACUAUAGAAUUAGAAUUCACACACAAAAAGGGACUUACCGGUGAUGUCAUUUCAAAUGUGAGCUCCUGGAUGUGCCAUUAAAAUUGUUUUCAGUUGCUGUCAAUUUGUUUACACACUCUUCUUAAAUAUUAUACCAGUUAUAUCAUUUUUAAAAAUCUGCCUAAUACUGAGAGACAAAACAGUUUUUUCAAAAUAAAGGAGGUUUAGAAAAUUUGAGUUUCCUUUUUUUCCUUAAGGUUGGUCUUCUGUUAGACACAAUCCACCUCUAUUAGAGAAGAGAGUUGAGUGGCUGGAAAUUUUACAUUUGCGCAGUUUAAUAUUACUUUGAUAUAAAAGUCAGCACCCCAGAGGCACCCGCUUUUGUUUGCAGCAUGUGCACCGUCUGCUGUCCUCAUUUGCUUACACAUUUGUGGUUUUUCAUGCUGGUGCUUGUGUGCCUUACUCUCAGAUGAUGAGCAGCGCCUUACUUACCCAAAGCAGGUUGUUCUUAUAAGUAAACAGGUCUGUAGAUUGUUACCAAGGUUCAAGCUCUUUAGUGUAGUUUUCUUUUUGUCGUUAACCAAUUGGCUGCAAUCUAUUAGAUUUUAUAACCUAUUAAAUGCUAUAAUCUGUUGUUAUCUUUUGAGAGCAAUUGUCUCCAUUUGGUUUAAUAGUAAAUAUUAUAUUGUGGGGGUAAAUUUGAGUAAGGUAGAGGUUUUUAAAAAGUCUGUGAUUUCAGAAAGCCAUGGACAUAAAGCAUAUACCUUGUGGCUAAAUUAUAAAACUCUACUUUUUUCUUUCUCCUUAGUAAGCAAAGGAGUAUCUUUAAAACAUGGGGCCUUACUUAAGUGUCACAUUGGCAUUUGGGGGUAGUCCUAACAUUCUCUAUUAACAUGGGAGUUCAUUUUGACCAUGACUCUGUUUCAAUAACUGCAGUUUUGAAGUGUGGGUUUAUUUCUGUUCUUACCUUUGCCGUCAAAAAUGUUUCUUGUCCUCUCAGUG